UGUCACUUGUGCUCCGGACUCGAGAGCAGCAGCUACCAGUACUAAAGACAACAUGAGGACGUUCGUGUGCCUGAUGAUGCUGGCGGGCUGCGCCCUCGCGGGCCGCCUGGAGAACACGUACCUGCCCCCGCCCGGCGCGGCGCAGUCCGGCGGCGCCAACCUGGCCACCCCCUUCAGCGGGCCGGUCCAGAACGUCCAGAACACCUACCUGCCGCCCAGCGCCUCCGGCUCGAGCUCCGCCCUCCGCGCCGGCAGCUCCGGCUCCUUCAACUCCGGCAGCGCCUUCAACUCCGGUAGCUCCUUCAACUCCGGCAGCUCCUUCAACUCCGGCAGCUCCUUCAACGCCAACUCCGGCAGCUCCUUCAGCUCGAACUCGGCGUCCUCGGCGUCCUCCUUCGGCUCGGCGGGCCGCUUCGGCGCCCAGCAGGCCCAGCAGGCCGGCGGCCAGGUCAACAGCUACAGCGGCAGCUUCCAGCAGCCCACGCCCCGCCCCGCGCUCAUCAUCAAGCAGGUCAACGAGAACCCCGGCGACGGCACCUACACCUUCAGCUACGAGACCGAGAACGGCAUCCAGGCUCAGGAGCAGGGCCAGGUCCGCGCCGACGGCGCCGAGGGCCUCGUCGCCGUGCAGGGCGCCUACGCCUUCACCGCCCCGGACAACAACCAGCGCUACACCGUCACCUACACGGCCGACGAGAACGGCUUCCUCGCCUACGGCGACCACCUGCCCACGCCGCCGCCCGUCCCCGCCGAGAUCCAGCGCGCCCUGGAGCAGAACGCCGCCGACGAGGCCCGCGGUCUGGUGGACGACGGUCAGUACCGCGCCGAGCACCAGGGACCGAAUGAGCAGCAGCAGCAGGGGUCUUUCCUGCGUGGCGGCAACAGCGGCAGCAGCAGCAGCAACGCCGGCUACAACUACAACGCCGCCGGCAACGGCAACGUCCAGGGCAACGUCAACGCCGGCUACAACUACAACAGCGGCGCCAACGGCAACGCACAGGGCAACAGCAACAGCGGGUACCGCUACUAAAGUGCGCUACUGUGACACCCACACAAGUUACCUCCAUCACAAGUUACCUCCAAUACAAGUUACCUUACCGACGGAUCUCUGGCGCGCGCGGUGGGCGAGCGACGUCAACGAGUCCCUCGUCCUGCCGCU